UUUGAUCACAAAACAAAACGAUAAAGAAGAAAAUAAAGAACCAUUACCAAACACGAAGUCGAGGCUCCACACGACAACAAGAGGAAGGCGGCUGAGAAGACACUCGCUCACCGCCUCUCACUUUGUUUAUUUCUCUCGUCCCUCUCCCACAGCAGCACAGAUGGCCGCUACCGCCACAGCAAGCACCCCCGCCGUGGCCAGCCCCCCCGAGGCGCCCCCCACGGUGCCUGUGAGCAAGGUGGUGGUGCAUCCCCUGGUGUUGCUGAGCGUGGUGGAUCAUUUCACCCGUAUGACCAAGAUUGGCUCAACGCGGCGGGUGGUGGGGGUGCUGCUCGGGUCCUGGAGGGCGCGUGGUGUGCUGGACGUGUCGAAUUCUUAUGCAGUUCCCUUCGACGAGGAUGAGAAGGACAAGUCGGUCUGGUUUCUGGAUCAUGACUAUUUAGAAAACAAGUACAACAUGUUCAAGAAGGUAAACGCCAGGGAGAAGAUCGUAGGCUGGUACCACACAGGUCCGAAACUCUACCAGAACGACAUCGCCAUCAACGACCUUGUUAGGCGCCACUGUGGAACGUCUGUGCUGGUGAUCAUUGACGCCCAUGCCUCCAACAUCGGCCUGCCCACCGAGGCAUACUACAGCGUGGAGGAAGUGCAUGAUGACGGCACCCCUACCACCAAGACAUUCGAACACGUAGCGAGUGAGAUUGGGGCGGAAGAAGCAGAGGAGGUUGGUGUGGAGCAUUUACUGAGGGACAUCAAGGACACGGUAGUGGGAUCUCUUGGGCAACGCAUCACCACACAGCUGCUGGGGCUAAGGGGGCUCCACAAACAGCUGAGUGAGGUCGCUAACUACCUACAGCAGGUCGUUGAUGGAAUGCUGCCUGUCAACCAUACUAUUGUUUAUCAUCUGCAGGACAUGUUCAACCUGCUGCCAGACGUGACCAACCCAGCUCUGAUCAAGUCUCUGUACGUGAAAACCAACGACCAGAUGCUUGUGGUGUACCUCGCCUCCCUCAUCCGCUCCAUCAUCGCGCUCCACAACCUCAUUAACAACAAGCUGGCGAACACUGAUGCGGAGAAGAAGGAGGGCAAGGACAAGGAGAAGAAGGAAGGAGAGAAGGAUGCCAAGAAAGAUGGGGAGAAAGAGAAAGAGGAGAAAGAGAAAAAGGAUGAGAAGAAGUAGUUUGUUGUUCAUGUGGUGGGUUUUUGUACUUGUUUGAAUGUGUGUGUGUGUGUGUGUGUGUGUGGAGAGAGAGGAGGAGAGGAAUGUAAAAGAUGAUGAAUAGUGUGUGUGUGUGUGUGUUUGAGAGAGAGAGAGAGAGAGAGAGAGACUAACACUACUACAAUAACAGCUAUAAUAUACAUGACAAAAUGUACAAAAAAACAAACAAACAAUAAAAAGUUCAACAAAAACAAGAAAGGCGUUUUUGAGACAGAAAAAAAAAAAUAAACAAAAAAAAAACAAAAAAAUCUUAGUUAUAUACAAGAAAGAAAAGCAGUUGUAAUUACUAAUGUGUUUGUCAGUAAAGUAAUUUAUUA